UCUCCUCCGAUCUCCCUCCUCCUCCUCUUCUUCUUCUUCUUCUCUCUCUCUCUCUCUCUCUCUCUCUCUCUCUAGACCUCUCAUCCCUCCAUAACGAAGCUACAGAGCAACACCAGAGCAAAAGCUUUCUCCCGUUUCGUCAAAUUGUCCUUUCAUCUCUCUCUCUCUCGCACGCACGCACUAUGAGAUCACAAGAAUUCGAUCUCCAGAGAAACAGCAGCAGCAGCAGCUACAGAAGCACCAGAAGAAUCACUCCUUCCUCGACCUUCCCUCGACCACGGAACCCGCCAUCGCCACGGACGCCUUCUCUCUCCCACCGUGAAGAUGUGGCCGCCUCCGACCCCUGCAACAACAAGAUCCUCCUCCGCAACUCCUCCAGAUCGUCGGCUGCAUCCAUCAGCUCCGUUAGGAUCCGCUCCCUCCUCCGCUCCUUCCUCAGCCUCUUCUCCUCCUUCCGGCUCCAAACCCUCAUCCCUACCCCCGCCGCCACCCGCCGCUUCCUCUCCCUCUCCUCCUCCUCCUCCUCCGCCUCUUCCUCCCUUCGCCGCAAAGUCACCGGCACCCUCUUUGGCUACCGCCGCGGCGCCGUAUCCUUUGCGGUCCAGGACAGCCCCCAGUCCGAACCCGUCCUCCUCCUCGAGCUCGCCGUCUCCACCUCCGCCCUUGUCAAGGAGAUGUCCUCUGGCCUUGUCCGCAUCGCCCUCGAGUGCGAGAAGGCCGACGACUCCGCCGACCGCCCGCCGAGGCUGUUCCAGGAGCCGGCCUGGACCAUGUACUGCAAUGGGCGCAAGUGCGGGUACGCCGCUUCCCGCGAGUGCACAGAGUCCGACCUGCACGUGCUGAGGACGGUGCGGUCCAUGUCGGUCGGAGCCGGCGUGAUCCCGUUGCUGGCGGACGACGGAAAGAAGGCCGACGCCGGCAUUGACGGCGAGCUGCUGUACAUGAGGGCGAAGUUCGAGCGUGUGGUUGGGAGCCGCGACUCCGAGGCGUUCUACAUGUUGAACCCAGAUGGCAACGGAGGCCCCGAGCUUAGCAUCUUCCUGUUGAGACUAUGAAAGCGGUAGAGAUAGAGAGAUAGAAAGAGAGAGAGAGAGAGGAAGCGACGCGAAGCGAACUCAGUCUCAAAUCUCGCCGGUCGAGAGGGCGAAUGGAAUGAUCCGAGCCGUCAGCUGUGGCGGAGUUGAAGUUCUCAGGAAGAAGACGAAGAAGAAGAAGAAGAAGAAGAAAGAUGGUCAGUCAUACAUUAUACACACCAUCAUGAUGUAAUUCAAUAUAGUCUGUAGUAGUUAUGUGAGAUCUUUACUGUUUCUCUAUUCGCAUCCGAUGGUGACGAUGAUGAUGUCUUUUUUUCAGACGUAUAUGUGGCAUAUACUAUUGUCUUUUUUAUUUGUUUUUUUUUUCCACCUUUCUUUACACACAUGCAUGCAUGAAAAAGAAAAGAAAAAAGAGUUCAAUUUCA